AUGAGCACCGUGGCUGUUCAGGACAACCGACCUUCCACUCGGGCCGUGCGAAAGAUCAAGUGUGCCGCCAUGGUCAACAGUUUGGCCAAGAGCUGGCAGAGCUGGGCGAACGAGCACACGGGUAAACAGGAAACCAUCCCCUCGGGCUGGAUGCCUGCAUCCAUAGUGGAGGAUGAGAAGGAGAAGGAGAGAAGUGAGGCGAAGCUCCUCGUCACGCCUCGCGUGGUUUCUGUAGACGCAGACGGCUCCGAGGGUCAGAUCAAGACAGGAUCGGUGACCAAGUCUAAUGCACCAAAACGGAGCGAAUGCAGUAAUGACCUGGUCAUUUCCAUCAAAGAGAAGAUUGACAACCAAAGCCUAGUGACUAAAGACACUAAGCCGUUUCUGGGCAGCGAGUCACCCACCAGAAGACGCCAUUGUGGUGGGAAGGCAGCAAGCACCUUGGCUAAAGUGAUGGAGAAGGCGGAGAGGGAGGAAAGGAAAAUGGGUUCUCGCAGUAGCAGUGUGGAUACCGAAGACAGCGGUCUAGGAGAGGAGGCCGCUCUUAGUGACAACAGUGACCAGACUGAAGUCAAACCCAAGAGACACAUCAGCAGGCCAAAGAUCAAGGUGACCACAAUGGGCGAUCUGAGGAGCCGGUGGCAGCAGUGGUCAGAGGAACACAUGGAGGGUCAGAAGCUCAACCCCUUCAGCGAAGAGUUCGACUACGAACAUGCCAUGUCCAUCCGGCUCCACAAGGGUGACUCGGGCUACGGCCGACCCAAAGACGGUUCCAAGACGGCCCAGCGUGCAGAACGGGCUCACAAGCACAUUCACCGUGAGAUGGAGGAGAUGUGCUACAUCAUCCGCGACAUGGGCAGGAAGGACAAGAACGGUCGCGUCUACGUCACGUUCGGCCAGCUCUUCGACCGCUACGUCAAGAUCUCCGAUAAGGUGGUGGGGAUCCUGCUACGAUGCCGCAAACACAAGAUGGUGGAUUUUGAGGGUGAGAUGCUCUGGCAGGGACAGGAUGACAAUGUUAUCAUCACACUACUUGUUUGA